GUCAUGAGUUACUACAUGGAUCCAGUUUCUUCUUACCCAGCCCUUCACCCCUGUGACCGUCUGGGCGCAACGAGACAGGCCGGAGGAGCAGCAGUGGGCCCUUUGAGUCACCUCCCAGGUGUGAUUCACCCUCAGCAGCCCUUUUACCCUUCACAGCCACUUUACCCCCAUGCGAUACCCCUGCAGGAAGUUCCCGACGGACACGACAUGUGUCCAACAGAUCUGGAGUUUGGAGACGUUCCUCAGUUGACUCCGGGAAGUAAACAGAUGAUGGCCGACGCUGUGAUGGCCACCUUCAGCGGCUUCACAAAGGAGCAGCAGCGGCUGGGAAUCCCCAAAGAUCCCAGACAGUGGACAAAGAAACAUGUGGCUGAGUGGCUGAUGUGGACGGUGAACGAGUUCAGCCUGAAGAACGUAGCUUUUGAAAAGUUCACCAUGGACGGAGCCAACCUGUGUGCCAUGGGGAAGGAGCGCUUCUUGGAUUUAGCUCCCGACUUCGUUGGUGACAUUCUUUGGGAGCAUUUAGAAACGCUUCAGAAAGAGGAUACAAAGCAUUACCCCAUCAAUGGACUGACCUCCAACUUCCAGGAAUCCCGCUAUACCUCAGACUAUUUUGUCAGCUACGGCAUUGAGCACGCUCAGUGCGUCCCUCCCUCCGAGUACUCGGAGCCCGGCUUCAUCACAGAGUCCUACCAGACGCUUCAUCCCAUCAGCUCUGAGGAACUGCUGACGUUGAAGUACGAGAGCGAGUACCCCGGGGUCAUCCUGCGGGACACAGCCCUGAACUCCAUGCAGGGCGACUACUUUUCAGUCAAACAGGAAGUGGUGUCCCCCGACAACAUGUGUGUGGGACGCCUGAGCAGAGGUAAGCUCGGGGGCCAGGACUCGUUUGAAAGCAUCGACAGCUUCGAGAGCUGCGACCGGCUGACCCAGUCAUGGAGCAGCCAGUCCUCGUUCAGCAGCCUGCAGCGAGUACCGUCGUACGACAGCUUUGAUUCCGAGGACUACCCCGCCGCCCUGCACGGACACAAGCCCAAGGGCACCUUCAAGGACUACGUGAGGGAGCGCUCCGACCUCAGCAAGGACAAACCAGUCAUCCCUGCAGCUGCGCUGGCAGGAUACACCGGCAGCGGCCCCAUCCAGCUGUGGCAGUUUCUGCUGGAGCUGCUGACCGACAAGUCCUGCCAGUCCUUCAUCAGCUGGACAGGCGAUGGCUGGGAGUUUAAGCUUUCUGACCCAGAUGAGGUCGCUCGCAGAUGGGGCAAAAGGAAAAACAAGCCCAAGAUGAACUAUGAGAAACUGAGCCGUGGCCUGCGUUACUACUACGACAAGAAUAUUAUCCACAAGACAUCCGGGAAACGCUACGUUUACCGCUUUGUCUGUGACUUGAAAAGCCUGCUGGGCUACACGCCCGAAGAACUGCACGCCAUGUUGGACGUAAAGCCCGAUACGGACGAGUGAAAGACGCCUCCGAAAGACAAAGAGAGGACAAAUGUUCAGGAGCCACACGGACUGAGGCUCAUGAAGUGGGUCUAAGCAUUCAGUAGAGCUGGUAACCCAUUU